AUGGAUAUCCAUAGAGCCAGAUUUGUGGAGUAUUCUCCGCAUAAUAUUACCUCCAUGGCUUUUAGCCAUAGUUCAAAUAGUAGUUUACCGACUCCUUUGAAUUUAAGGCUCGCUGUAGGUCGUAGUAACGGAGACAUUGAAAUUUGGAAUCCUAGGUACGGGUGGACGCAUGAAAUAACAUUGUAUGGAGCCCGUGGGCGCUCUAUUGAAGGGUUGUGCUGGUCUACUUCAGAUGUAGAGACUACUACUGCUAAUGACUCAUAUUCUGAAUCACCUAGGCUAUUUUCCAUCGGAGGCUCGACCGCUAUAACUGAAUGGGAUUUAGAGACCCAAAAGCCCAAGGCAAACUACGAUUGCAAUGCAGGUGUUAUUUGGUCUAUUGAUAGCAGCAAAUCUGGUAAGUUUUUGGCUGUUGGAUGUGACGAUGGUUCUGUUGUGAUCAUAGAUAUUUCAGGUGGACCCGGAUCGCUUGAGCAUCUGUUGAUAUGCCAAAGACAAGAGCUGAGGGUUUUGAGUGUUUGCUGGUACAACGAUGAGUUUGUGGUCGGUGGAUGUGCCGACGCAAGAUUGAGAUGCUGGACCGUUGCAGGUGAAGGUAGAGGAAGAUUAAUUGGAACCAUGAGAGUGGAUAAGUCCAAAACUGAAAGUACAUUGGUGUGGUCUGUUCAAGUGUUACCUAAACUUAAUCAAAUUGUGAGUGGUGACUCCACCGGAUCGGUAAAGUUUUGGGACUUCAAGCAUUUCACAUUGCUCCAAUCCUUCAAGGUACAUGAUGCAGAUGUCUUGUGCACGGUACAUGAUUCACAAGAGACUAGACUAUUCUCCGCCGGUGUUGACAGAAAGAUUCACCAAUUCCAAAUGAUAACAUCCACCUCAAACAAAAUCUCCAAAUGGGUCCACAGUAAUAGUAGAUUGCUUCACUCCAAUGACGUUAGAACCAUGUCAGUAUUUGAGCUGAAGGGAAGUAAUUUUUUGGUCAGUGGAGGAGUGGAAAAGUCCAUUGUCUUGCUGUCCAUUGCAAACUUCCACGAUGGAAAAUAUAGAAAGCUUGCCAUUACCCAACAAACACCAAACAUCACUAUCAACGGAACCGUAGGCUUGGUAGUUAUGUGGCAAGAUCAAACUGUCAAAAUAUGGAAGACUUUCGCAAAUGACGAUGAAUCAUAUCAAUCACCAUAUAAGCUUGUUGCCAAGUUAAGCUUAAGCAAUGAGGAAAAUGUGACCAGUGUACUGGUCAAUAAGCAAGGACUGAUCUUGGCAGUAUCUACCAUAACUUCGGUUAAGUUAUUCAAGAUUCUGUACAAUGAAAGCAGCAAGAAGUUGACCGUUAACAAGAUCAGAGACUCCAAUUUCGAUCUGCUAAUCGAAGGAAGUAAAAAGGUAGUUUUGUACGAUGAUAACCAACUCUUAAUAUUGACUACAGAGAAUGAAAUUUACAGGUUCCAAGUCAAUGAAGACACCGUUGAAUUGGUAAACGAAAUUGAAACUGUGGGCACCCAAAUUGCAUCAACUCCAAGACUGUUGCCAUACAAAGUCAACAUCAGCAAUGUAAUAAUUUGUAACGAUUAUAAGAAUGCCGUUAUUUCUAGAUUUAACGGUUCGAUUGAAGUUUUGUCCUUAGACGAAACCUUUGAGCCCUUUGUCUUAACAAAGUUAUCUACACCCCCCAGCAAUAUGAUCUUCUCCACGUCAAACACUUUAGUCGUUAUAACGGAGGAGAAUAAAUUGUACGAAUUUAAUGUCAUCAAGUCCAAGAAGAACACUCCAGUCUCGUUGCUCACGCAAUGGUCCAAGAGAAAUUCGGAGUUCCUCCCAAAGCAAUUUUUGAAUUUGGAGGAUAAACCACAAGGCAUGUUUACCGACAACCAAAGUAAUAGAAUCUGGAUUUACGGAUCAAAUUGGUUAUCCUACUUUGACUUAUCUGAAAAUAUUCCAAUAAGCAAGGAGUACCAAAACACUUCUUCUAGUAAAAAGAGGGAUAGAGAUGGGUUGGUUGUACAAGACUCAGGGGAAGCUAAUGACUCGAAUGGGGAAGUGAACGGCAAUGGACAUUAUGACAUUCUCGAGAAUAACGUGGAAAUCCUUGAGCUUUCCUUGAAGCAAAGUGAGGUCAAUAGACUCAGAGAGCAGAUUCAGAAUGGUGAGGAAGGUUCUCAGAGUUCUUUGAAACCAUUCUGGAUGACUACUAAAUACAGGCCAAUCUUAUCUGCUGGUUCUUUCAACAACGGUAUCAUUGUAGUGGAAUUACCAUCAUUGGUAAGUGCUACACCAGCAUUCAACCUACCAAAGUUUAGAGUGUAA